AUUCAGUUUCCUGCAGCCUGGCUUCAGCAGCUGAGACUCAGUGAGGGGAGAGAAAUCACAUCCCGGGCAAAGCGCCCUAACAACCCGUUUCGGUGAUAAUAUACGGGGGCGCGGGAGGCCGCCGGGGCUUGCAGGCCUCUCCCCCGCCUCCUGCCGGCAGCAUCUGCCCGUAUUCUCUGGCUUUGGGCGCAGGCUGCAAUCAGCACCGUGGCUCAGAAGGUGAUCCCUUCCUCUCCUCUGAGGAUGUCUCGGAAGGUGCAGAGGGGCGAGGUGUGUGCGGACUGCAGCGCUCCAGAUCCCGGUUGGGCUUCCAUAAACCGAGGAGUCCUGAUCUGCGAUGAGUGCUGCAGUGUACACCGAAGCCUGGGAAGACACAUCUCCAUAGUGAAACAUCUCCGGCACAGCAUGUGGCCAUCUUCUCUCUUGCAAAUGGUGCACACGUUGGCCAGCAAUGGCGCCAACUCCAUUUGGGAGCACUCUCUACUGGAUCCUGCGCAGGUUCAGAGUGGUCGACGCAAGGCCAAUCCCCAAGACAAGUUACACCCAACGAAAUCAGAAUUCAUCCGUGCCAAGUAUCAGAUGCUUGCUUUUGUACACAAAUUACCGUGCCGUGAUGAUGACGGAGUGACUGCUAAAGACCUUAGCAAGCAACUUCAUUCCAGCGUGCGAACUGGGAACCUGGAGACCUGCUUACGCCUGCUUUCUCUUGGUGCUCAAGCCAAUUUUUUUCACCCGGAGAAAGGCACUACUCCUUUGCACGUAGCUGCUAAAGCUGGACAGAUUCUCCAGGCUGAGCUCUUGGUGGUUUACGGAGCUGAUCCUGGGGCGCCCGAUGUGAAUGGCAGGACGCCCAUUGAUUACGGCAGGCAGGCGGGUCACCAUGAUCUGGCGGACAGACUGGUGGAGUGUCAAUACGAGCUUACAGACAGGUUGGCCUUUUACCUCUGCGGACGCAAACCAGAUCAUAAAAAUGGGCAUUAUAUUAUUCCUCAGAUGGCUGACAGAACACGUCCCCGAGGUGUGCCCCAGAGUUUGGAUCUGUCUGAGCUCGCUAAAGCUGCCAAAAAGAAACUUCAGGCACUCAGUAACAGACUUUUUGAAGAACUGGCCAUGGAUGUCUAUGAUGAAGUGGAUCGGAGAGAAAAUGAUGCAGUCUGGCUGACUACACAGAACCACAGUACUUUGGUCACUGAGCGCAGUGCUGUACCCUUCCUGCCCGUCAAUCCGGAGUACUCUGCCACUAGGAACCAGGGGCGCCAGAAGCUGGCACGCUUCAACGCCAGGGAAUUUGCCACUCUGAUCAUUGAUAUUCUCAGUGAAGCCAAGAGGCGACAGCAGGGCAAGACCACUAUUAUCCCCACAGACAAUCUAGACUACUCGCUACGGAACGCGAAUGACUGCGAUGAUCAGCACGACUAUGACAGCGUAGCCUCUGAUGAAGACACGGACCAGGAGCUGCUCAGGAAUUCCAGAAACAACCGAGCCAGGAGCAUGGACUCGUCCGACCUCUCCGAUGGCCCCAUCACUCUUCAGGAGUACCUGGAAGUCAAGAAAGCGCUCGCCACAUCUGAUGCCAAAGUGCAGCAACUGAUGAAAGUGAACAGCAACCUAAGUGAGGAGCUGCGCCGACUGCAGAGAGAGAUUCAUAAGUUGCAAUCGGAGAACUCACAGAUUAGACAUCAGACCGGCCCUUCGCCACCUCCACCAGCAAACCCAGAGAGGACUGAGCACCAGGUGUCGGCAGCUCACCGGCGGGACCGCCAGGCGUUCUCCAUGUACGAGCCUGGAUCGGCCCUCAAACCGUUCGGGCAAUCCACAGAUGACCUGGGCAACAGACUUCAACCUUUCCAUUCUGGGAUCCGGAAAGGCAUCUCAGCCUCUUCUGUGCCCUUUCCCCCUUUGUCCUCCCCUCUGUUCUCUGGACCCCUGGACACUGCUCGGAACAUGCCAGUUAAAGCCGAUCGACAUGGUAGCGGCACAGACAGCGACUACGACAACACCCAGAGCGCUGACACAGGCAGUGGAGUGGAUGGGAGAAGGUUCCUGGACUUAUCUCGGGAUGAGGACCUCCAUCCAGAGUCUGAAGAUGUGGAAUUGGAGUUGGACCCUACGCUGCCGAGUACAGAGGAUGUCAUCCUCAGGACGGAGCAAGUGACCAAGAACAUCCAGGAGCUGCUGAGAGCUGCGCAGGAGUUCAAGCACGACAGUUUUGUUCCCUGCUCAGAGAAAAUCCAUUCAGCAGUAACAGAAAUGGCAUCGCUCUUCCCCAAAAAGCCUGCUCUGGAAACGGUGCGUUCUUCCCUGAGGUUACUUAAUGCCAGCGCUUACAGACUGCAGAGCGAGUGUAGGAAAACGGUUCCUCCAGAGCCUGGUGCCCCAGUAGACUACCAGCUGCUCACUCAACAAGUCAUCCAGUGCGCUUACGACAUCGCCAAAGCAGCCAAGCAGCUGGUCACCAUCACUACCCGGGAAAAGAAGCAGUGACCCCCUACAGUAGCCAGGUGGCCCUUCCACUUUCUCAUAUCAAGUCCCUAAGGCCUGUGAUGUGUUCCUAAUCUGUACUCUUCUGGAAGUGCACAGCCAUCAGGAUACCCC